AUGGCAGACGAAAUGCGCAACAAGAUUGACAACUUCAGAACUGCACCCUUCGAUGCCCGCUUCCCAAACAUUAACCAGUCCAGGAACUGCUACCAGAAUUACCGUGAUUAUCACCGAUGCCUUACUGCUAUGAAUGGUAAAGGAGCAGACCCCUACCCUUGCGAAUGGUACCACAAGGUGUACAAAUGUUUGUGUCCAGUCUCGUGGGUGGCCAAAUGGGAUGAAGAGCGAGAAUUGGGCACAUUUGCAGGGAAGGUUUAA